AUGUUGCUAAGAGAACAUUUGCCACCAAAAAUGGAAAUUGUAAUAUUUUGCGGAAUGACUGAGCUUCAAGAAAAUCUUUACAAGCACUUUGUGUUAUCAAAAACUUUGAGAGGCUUCAUCAAUGGAACGUUGGACUCCAAUAACGCACUUGCUUGUAUUCUUAGUCUUAAAAAGCUCCUAACUCACCCAAAUAUGAUUUAUCCACAAAAAGAUGAAGAAAGUGAGGAAGAAGAAGAUAACACUCAACUCUUUGAGACAUUUGGUCUCAAUCUGAAAAGCUAUUGCUUGUUGAAGGAAAUUCAAGAGACGGGUGAUAGGGUUGUCAUUGUUUCCAACUUUAAAUGUAUUUUGAAUGAAGUCGAAAAGUUAUGCAAGCACAGAGAAUAUACAUGGUCUCGAUUGGAUGGCUCAACUUCAUCUGAUAAGAGAAUGCCAAUUGUGAAUGCAUUCAAUUCUCCAAAAUCAAAGGAUUUCAUUUUUCUACUCUCUAGCAAAGCGGGUGGUUGUGGAUUGAACUUGAUUGGAGCUAAUCGUUUAAUCAUGUUAGAUCCAGACUGGAAUCCAAGUAAUGACGAACAAGCUAUGGCUCGUGUUUGGAGAGAUGGACAAAAGAAAAAUGUGUUUAUUUACCGAUUGAUUGGUUGUGGUACAAUUGAAGAGAAAAUCUUCCAAAGACAAAUUGUAAAAACUGGUCUUUCGAAAUCCACGCUCGAUGAGAAGUCCACAAAAGCUCAGUUUUCUUCUUCCAUGUUGAAAGAGCUGUUCAAGUAUGAUUCAGACAGCAACUGCACAACCUAUAAACCAGAAGAAAAUGACAUUGGUGUGGCUAAAGAGAAAGAUCCUGUUCUUUCAGUUGUACUUGACAAUGAAAAUAUUAACAUUCCAUUCAUUAAGAUUACAUUGGACACUGAGGAAAAACCAUGA